UAGAGAUCAUAAUAGACUCUAUAUCAUUCAACAUGUCAUAAUUAAAUCUAUUCAGUUCGAUAUACAGAAGAAGAAAUUAAGCGUCGAUCGAUCCCUUCACACCCAUGGAGAAAGACGCCAUCUUUGCAGCGCUCUCGCUGUCGGUGACGGCCGCGGUGCUCCUCCUCCUCACCGGCGGCGUCGACGCCUGCGACGGCGCGCCGUCCAUGUCGGCGGCGGACGCGUGCCAGCAGGCGACCGCGGGGCCGCUGUACCAGCUGUGCGCGAACACGCUGGGGCCGUCGGGGGACGCGCAGGAGGUGACCGGCUUCGUGGCCGCCGCCGCGCGCGCCGCCUCGCAGCUGUACGUGGCGACCAAGGACGCCGUCGGCAAGGUGGUCGCGGACCCGGCGGCGGCAGAGGACCUGAAGGCUGCGUGCCGGACCUGCCUCGACCGGCACGACCAGGCGGAGUCGCUGCUCGCCGGCGUGCUCGACCACCUGCGCGGCUGCGCGCUGGCGGACCUCCGCACCGACUGCGCCACGGCCGCCGCCGCCAUCGACGAGUGCGCCACCGCGGUUCUCCCCGUCGGCGGGCACACGCCGUUGUACUCCCUCAUCUUGCUUGGCCGGGACCGGAGCGUGCUCGCUCUACGCCUCGCCAUAUUGCUUGUGCCCAACAAAAUUAACUGACCUCACCUACCUGUAUAAUCUACUUUUCAUGCCAAG